AGCGGUCCAUCGCAAGAGCGCUUUGCCGGACCACACUUGCUCCCAUGCAUUGCUGAGGAGCUGGUGCUGAGGGUUGGAGCACCACAACUCCAUCAACUUUGUAGCUUUCCAUCAUCACUCACGUCCCAGUCUAAAUUCUUUUGCAAGGCGAGAGCUGGUCUCUGCUUGCAUUACGGUCGCAGUACCCACAUAUUCGCAGCAUGAAAAUCGCUUUCUGGCUCGCCAUACUUCUGCUCGAAUUCUCUGCGAGAGUCUGGGCUCUUCCGAACGAUGUCUCAUCUUUAGAUCCUCGCUUCAAGGUGAACGUGGGUAGCCAUCCUUCAGCAGGUCAACCAGUUCGUGUAGGCUCAGUGACGCUGAAUCUGACGCCCCUUGAGAUACCGACAACGUCUGGAUUAGACAGUUUACACGGCAGUCCCAGUCGUCCAAGAAGGAAUGCGGGCUCCUUCAGCGCCACUUGGUCGCGCCCCAGAGAACAUCCCUCAUCACAGAGACUUGCGCGGGACGAUGAUCUUUCGAGUCUCUCUUCUGGUUCGCCCAGUAGUCCAUCGCCUAGACGAGGAGCUGGCCGCUCCCCGGCCACCCCUCACCGCAAUCCAGUGUUCGACCGCCACCACAGCCCCUCACCGGCGAGAGGAGCCCGGCCAUGGGCUUACUUCGCGAAUGGCUCCUCGCCGCAAAGAGGUCCCAACAGUCCAGCGCGCCGCUAUCGACCCUUGUCGGAAUCAGACAUAUUCCUGCCUGUCCCUCCGGCAAGGAGCGUCAGUAGCUCGCCUGCACCUGAGGCGAAGAAGAAGGGAGCGUGGGCCAGACUGAAGGGCGCUCUCAGAGGUUGCGCUUCCUGCGCUCGACCGCAAUGACUCGAAAUUUCCAUCGAAGAGUGAGAAUACGAUGCAUGCUUGACAGAGAGCACAACGCAAUUGCUCUAAUGAGAACAAUGCGAGGAAUUGUUCAUUUGAGCUGGGCGUCCCAAGAGCUUUUGCGCAGUAACGAAUGUUCGCUUUACCUAUCUGCCUGUAUCUUUGCUAGUUGCUUUCCCUCUCUGAGGAGUGUCCCCGAAGUUACCGAGUGCUGAACUUCGGCAGAAUUUCACUCUCAUAGGUCACCUUCACACAAGCAAAGCAAGUACUUUGGCAUCAUGAUUGCUCUAGCCUUAGUGCUAUUGCUUCACUAUCCCAAAUGCCUUGAUGAGUCUCCGGACAGUUGCACCCUUGCUAGCGGCAAUGUCUGCCUUGACUUCACCUGCCACGCCUGAACAAGCGCCAGUGUCU